AUGGCAAAGACGGCUUUCUUCAGUAAGAAGCAAAAGGCAGAGUUUCGCAAGAGAAGAAAAAGGCUGAAAGAAUCCCACCAGGGGACUGAGGGUGAAUCGAAAAAUGAUCCAAAAGAGACAACCAAGGAAGAAGAAACUCCCACGCGUGAUAUUGAUGAGAAGCAAGCUCCAGUCGACAAGCCGCAACUUCCUCCAAAUCUGGUGAUUGUUCCAAAGAAUCUAUCCUCGAAGGAAGCCAAGAAAUUUCGAAAGGACGCCAGAAGAAAUGCCAAAACAGAAGGAAACGAUCCUGAUAAGUUGGAAUUCAUUGUCGAAGGAAAUGUACCCACGUCAACUACCGAUGACAACAAUGCGAAUAAUAUUCCACCCAAACACAAAAAGCGCAAGCGAGAGUUCCCUCGCUUGAAUGAUCUGGUCCGAGAAGAAGAAAAGGCCAAGCAAAAGGCUGCAGCAGACUCCAGCCGGCAAACUGCCGAACAAGCAUUAUCCGAAGAAUACAAAUCUCGCUAUUUGGCGUUGGAUUGCGAAAUGGUGGGAAUUGGGACGGAUGGAAAACGAUCCGUUUUGGCACGGGUGUCCAUUGUAGACUGGGAUGGAAAUACUCUCUUGGAUACGUUUGUCCAAGUCCCCACCCGAGUCACCGAUUUUAGAACUCAUGUCAGUGGUGUCACGGCAAAAGAUAUCAAGAGCAAAUCGGGAGCCAUGAAAGAAAAGGAGUGCCGAGAAAAGGUUGCCAAUCUAUUAAAGGGCAAGGUACUGGUGGGACAUGCGUUAAAGAACGAUUUGCAUGCCUUGCUUUUGACGCAUCCCAAAAGUCAUAUCCGUGACACGGCAAAGUUCCGCCCCUUUCAGCGUUUGGGUGGAUCUAAGUGGAGACCACGCAAGUUGAGAGAUUUGGUGCAAGAAAACCUUGGUCUCGCUAUCCAACAAGAGGGUCAAGCCCACGAUUCCAUACAAGAUGCUUGGGCUACAAUGCAGCUGUUUAGAUUGGUGAGAGAGCAGUGGGAGGAGGACUUGAAAGAGGCUGAGCAAAAAGCUGGCAAGAGGAGGAGGACUUAA